GAAGCGCAACCGGGUGAGCGCGCGUUUCCGCCUCGAUCUAGCCUUAGGGGCGCGCGGCUUCGGGCUGCCGGGUCCUCUCCCGCGUGUGUCUCGGAGUCACCGCGGCCUGCCCGAGUCGCGCGGAGACAUGAGUGACACCGGAGGUGACCGCGCGCGCCUCAGGCGCUACCCCAAGCUCCCGGUGUGGGUGGUGGAGGAUCACCAGGAGGUUCUGCCUUUCAUAUACCGGGCCAUAGGUUCAAAGCACCUUCCUGACCGUAAUAUAAGUUUUUUACAUUUGGACUCCCACCCAGACCUUCUUAUUCCUGUGAAUAUGCCAGCAGACACUGUGUUUGAUAAAGAAGCACUCUUUGGAGAACUGAGUAUCGAAAAUUGGAUUAUGCCUGCCGUUUACGCUGGCCAUUUUUCUCAAGUAAUCUGGCUUCAUCCCACAUGGGCCCAGCAAAUCAGAGAGGGCAAACACCACUUCUUAGUAGGCAAAGACAUUUCUACCACUACCAUCAGGGUUACAAGUACAGAUUAUUACUUCCUAAGUGAUGGUCUAUUUGUACCUGAAGAUCAGCUAGAGAACCAAAAGCCCUUACAGUUAGAUGUGAUUAUGGUAGAACCUUACAAACUCUGUAGCAAACAAGAUGACAGUGACUCUGUGUCUUCUACAAAGAAGCCCAAGCUGGCACUGGGAGGUGGAGAGAGCACUGCUGCAGCUGGUGGGGGUUCUUGCUCAGAAGGACGUCGCGGGGACGCAGUAACACCAAGAAGUGACCAUGAUUGCCAGGAGCCAUCCUGCUCGUGUUCCGGAGGCCAGCAGAGCCAGAGUGCAGCCAGCGCUGGGGCGAUUCUGGACAUACUGAAGACGGGAGAUGCGUUUGUUUUAGAUAUUGACUUGGAUUUUUUUUCUGUCAAAAACCCCUUCAAAGAAAUGUUCACUCAGGAUGAAUACAAAAUUCUACAGGAGCUUUACCAGUUUAAAAAGCCUGAUAGUAACCUUCCUGAGGACGAUUUGGUAGAUGUUGUCGAUGCUCGAACUCAGCAGUUAGAAGACUUAGAAGCAGUUUUUGCUGAUUUGUGUGACGGCGAUAGUGAAGAAACUGUACAGAGCUGGGCUUCAAACCCUGGGAUGGAGUCACUAGUUCCACUUGUACAGAGUUUGAAAAAACGGAUGGAAGUACCAGACUAUGAAAUGGUCCACCAGGCUGGGCUAACCUGCGAUUAUUCAGAGCUUCCUCAUCAUAUCAGCACGGAAGAAGAAAUUGAGUAUCUUAUUCAGUCCGUGUAUUUUCUACUUAAAAGUCUACCAAAACCUACUCUUGUGACGAUUGCAAGGUCAAGUCUGGAUGAUUACUGUCCUCCGGAACAAGUUGACAUGAUUCAGGGAAAGGUCCUGCACGUGCUGCAGUCGCUCUACGGGGCCCUGGACACUCACCUGGUGUACACAGAAGAGUCCCCUCCAAGCUGAGGCCGUGCUCGGCUGCUGUGCGGUUUGGCACAGUGACACACAGGGCUUUUGUUUCUGGGCUUCCAGAGUGCACUUUCUAUGUUAACUCUCGUUGGAAUCGGAAACAUAUUUCAAAUCUCCAAGCAAGUAUUAGUCAACAGCAACAGUAGAACACUUGGGGUAGACGCGGGGGUGCUUGUUUGGUUUAAUUGUUUUUGUAUCAAAUCCUUUACCCCAGUUGAUGGAGGCUGUCUGCUGUCUUCCUUGCUUCCCAUAACUGCCUUUGAUUCUGUAAGAGGUUUUUUUUUUUUUUUUCUCUUUCCCCCAACAAGGCUUUGGAUGAUAUGAGAUUUAUUUAUUUAUUCGCUGGUGCUUAUUUAGCACUUUCAUGGGCCAGGCAUUGUUAAAGACAAGAUGCCCUGCCCUCAUGCAGGAGACCUGAGAAGCAAGUAAGGGCCCGCAACAGUCUCAGGGGAAAAGGGAGAGCCACGGCUGUGUGUGGAGAGCUGUCGGUUCUCGGGGCACCCUGGCCAUAAGUAUAAGAAAGUAACAUUCGCAAAAGGCAUGUCAGAAGACCCUUGGCAGUGCAUGACAGUGUUUGCAGAAAGUCUGCAGCUCUAAGAAUGUUAGAACUCUGCCCCCACGGUUGCUGAUUUUUCUCCAGACUUGUUUGUAUGCAAGGGGUCUGGUGAAUAGAACUAAUCAAACAAAAUUUUGUUGUUGUUGCUUGUAGCUUUUUGUUUGGUUGGUUUGGUUUGGCUUGGGUUUUUUUGUUCAUUUGUUUGUUUUUGAUGGGUUGGUUUGGAGUUUCUGAGAUGGGGUAUGUAUCCCUGGCAGCCCCGGAACUCAGUCUGUAGACCAGACUGACCUGGAACUCAAAAGAUCCACCCGCCUCUGCCUCCCAAGUGCUGGGAUUGCAGGCGUGUGCCACCACUGCCCAGCUGCUUACAGUAUUUGAUACCUGGAAACGCCUUUUGGGAGUUUUGCCUUGGUGGUCUUUAUGGGCCUCAGAUGGCAUUUAAGCACUAAGUGUCAUUUUCUUGGCAAUCAAUCAAUCGGUCAAGCAGUUAGAAAGUUGCUAAGCAGUUCAGAGCACUUGCUGCUCUUGCAGAGGGCUUUGUUCAGUUCCUAGGACCCAUAUGACGGCCCGCAGCCUCAUAACUCCAGCGUUCUCUUGUGGCCUCCAAAACCACACAUGUGUGCAUGUACAUACCCACAUGUAAACAUAUAAACAUAUAAAGUUUUUACUGGAAAGACCUGUCGCUGCAUAGAGAAGAGAAUGUUUUCUGCUCCAUGUGUUGGAGAUGGUGCUUCAUAUAUUUAAUGAGCCAAGUUUGCCCUUAGUGAGCCAGAGAGUGGCCGCAGACACUACAGUUUGCCCUGAUUUCCCACCCCGCCAGGCGUGAAUAGGACCAUCUUUAUCCUGGAACUUAAUGUCUGCUUGCCUGUUCCCUGCACUUUGCUUUACUUUUGUUCAGUAAUUACUUUCUAACUGCUUAAUUUCCUUAAAGGGUAAGAUGAUGUGUAAAGAAAAAAUAAAACAUCCAUCACUCCUGGUGAGCGCAGUAGUUUUCGUCUUCACAGACCAUUUUCAGCCCUCGCCUACAUGUGGACCUGGAGAGUGGAGUAGCCAGGACCAGAGUUGCCUACCUCACUUCGGCUGGCACUCCAGGGUGCCUUACCCUUGUCCUGCCGUGCAUUCUGUUCCUACAGUGGCCAUGUUUUCCUCUGCUGAAUUCUCUUGGCACUGAGGAGAUUGACAAAAUCCAGUACUAUGAAAGCUUGUUUGUAUUGUGGAAACAAAACCAACUGAUUUAGCCUUCCAUCCUGAUAAUCAAAAGAUUUGUGUUCUUACAAACUCAGAAUUGUAAAAUUGUUUUUAACUUCUGAAAAUGUCCUGUCAAAGAGUUCUAUAACUAGACAUUUCUAGGAAUAAAUCAAAAUUAGUCUGUGU